AUGUCUAACAGCUGUCAAACCUACUUCAGUAUUGAAGCAUCGUAUUCAAAGUUUGACAACCUGGGUCAGGCACAGGGCCCCGUUUGUGGUGGACCUCCGUAUGGUGGUCUACUGGGACUGGUUCUGGUAAAGUCGGCGACGUGCAAAGGUAGCUCGCUGACUUCGCCGCAGAACCAUGCUUACGGUGGCUGUAGAUCGUUGCUUUAUUCGCGACGCCCGAACUGUCACCUUCCCGGGUGUUUGGGGCGUGAGGAGAAAAAUUUCCUACCACGCUCCGCCUCCUCCUUUGCGAGCAUGACUACUUUGCAGAAACAAGAGGCGGCUCCCCAAUUCCUCUUGAUCUGCAAUAGACCUAAUCUGUAA